AUGUCCAAUUCAAGGCCUACAACACCACUUUCUACCACUAGUGCUGGCUCUGGUAUCGCAGCCACUCGACCUACAGGAAUCCCGACCUCAUCUCACUAUACAAUUUCUCCAAGGAUAUCGUCUGAAUCAAAAAAUGUAAGACCAGCAUAUCUCAAUGAUCCAGCAGAGACAGGUUCAUUUAGUUAUCAAGGUGUAGAAACGGUACAUAAUUUCGAUACUAUGGAUGCAAAUGCAUUAAUUGGAGGUUCUCAAGUGAGACCUUCCAAGAUCACAGAUAAGAAACAUAGACAUAUACAUAACCAAGAAGAUGUUUUAUAUCACACGAAUACAGUCUCUGCUGCCGAUACUAUUGUUGCUGCUUCUGCUGCCUCCAGCGCCACUGAUGAUUUAUCACCUUCAUCAAGUAAUAGAUCUCAACAUACCUGGCAUUCAUUUAUACAUAGACCAUCAAGAGAACAAGAACGUAAACGAAAACAAAGUAUCAAUGAAGAAGAAGAUCGUAUUAAUGCUGUAACAGCAGCAGAGCAAGAGGCCGUACUUGAAACAGAAGAAGAAGAAGAAGAAGAAGAAGAAGGAGAAGGUGAUGAAACUUCCUCAAUUAUAUCAUCAUCAUCAUCAAGAGCAUCAGUUCAAAAAUUAACUACUACUACGUCAAUGGUAACGACAAGGACAAAGAUUAAGAAACCGAAAAAGAAAACCACAAUCAAACCGAACACCACUCAUACGAUUUUUUCAUUCUCAUUACCAUUUGGUUCUACAAAUUUGAUCCCCAGUACUCCGAUCACUAUAAUUAAGAACAUACUGGUGACUGAAAAUGAGAAGGAGAAAAUUAAAACUAAAUUGAAACGUAAUGGAUCCAUUUCCUCUUUGGAGGAACGAAUGUUAUUCCAAGAUGAUUAUGGUAUAGAUAAUGGUCAUGUUCGAGCUGUCAAGGAAACAUUACGAAUUGAUAGUUUAAGAUCUUCUAUACGUCAAUUGAAAGUAGCUGAAUCCAAUGGAACUGCAAGAACUAAAGAUGGAUAUUUGUUGACUAGGUUGAGUUCCAUUUGGAAUGAAUUAGAGGGUGAUAUUGUCAUCCUGGGUGGAUAUCGUGGAUCUAUCUUGAGAGAUGCUCAUACGGGGAAAAGAAUUUGGGUCCCGAUAAAGGCUGGUUUUAAUAUGAUUACUAAUGAUCUUUUACUUGGACCUAAUGAUGAAGAUGAAAUGAAUGUAGAGAAAAAUAUCAUACCUGAUGGGAUGCUAACUCAUGUUGGACCCGUUGAUGUCUCUAAGAGAUUAAUUAAGAAAUUAGAAGGUAAUCCUAAAGUUCAUAUUGAAGAUUUUGGAUAUGAUUGGAGAGUUUCGUUAGAUAUUAGUGCAAUAAAAUUGAAAGAUAAAUUACAAGAAUUAUAUGAUAAACAACCUGAGGGUAAUAAGAAGGGUACUUAUUUAAUUGCACAUUCUAUGGGUGGAUUAGUGGCUCAUAAAGUAUUACAAGAUUACACUCAUUUAGUUAGAGGGAUAAUAUAUGUGGCUGCACCAAGUCAAUGUCCCAAUAUAUUAGGACCAUUAAGGUUUGGAGAUGAAGUUAUGUGGAAUAAGACGUUAUUAAGUAAAGAAGCUAAUUUUUUCAUGAGAUCAAGUUUUUAUUUUUUACCCCUAGAUGGUAGAUGUUGGAUUGAUAGUAAGACAUAUAAGGAUUAUGAUUUAGAUUAUUUUGAUGUUAAUGUUUGGAUUAAAUAUGGUCUCUCACCUCUUGUAAGUGAAAAAAGAUUAAAAUUAAUUGAAUCGAGAAAGAAGAAUGUUAAUAAUAAUCUCAGACGGAAAAUUCAGGUAAUGCCAUUUUUAGCUCGGAUUAAAUGCGACAACAAAUUUGUCUUAGGGAGUGUACCCAUUGUUAAAAAGGUUCCAUAUAUUAAAGAGGAAAAAUCAGCAUUUGUAGAGACGAUUGAUGAACGAGAAUUUAGAACAUCGUAUGCUACAUGUGUAGAAUAUUUGUCAAGGACUUUACGAAGAGCGAAGGCAUUUUUGGAAAGUUUAGAAUAUAUACCAGAUAAGAAAUAUCCACCUUUGGUGAUAGUUCAUGGUAACACUGUACCGACAGUACGUGGUGGUAAAAUUAAUGGGUUAGUAGAUCUUAAAAAUGCACAUUAUGAUGAUUUUUAUUAUGGUCCAGGUGAUGGUGUUGUUUAUUAUAAAUGGUUAUUACCUGAGCAAAGAGGCUUCCCCAUAGAGAGUAAGAUUUCCAGUGAUAUGGGUCAUGUUAGUUUAAUGGCUGAUCAUAAAGCCAUGGCUAAGGCAUUUAUUGAUCUUGUUGAUGCAGAGAAAAGGGAUGCCUCGUGA